AUGCCUGAGAUGGACCGCAGCCGCCGCCGCCCACUCUCAAAUGGCACGACUGCUCGUCUCUUUACCAUGUCCGUGGCUACAGCGAAGCCUAGCCGCCGCGAUGACUUUCGCUUUUAUCAUGGCCGCGUUGCGUCUGCACUGAGGAUUGACCGCAUCCGCCGCGUACUGGAGUUUACUCGUGGGGGCAAUUGUAAUCCACUGCCAAGGCGAUCUCUUCCCGCAGCUCCUUUUAGAGUCCUUGAUGCACCGGAUCUGCGUGACGAUUUCUACUGUUCCGUUCUGGCGUACUCGCCAAAUAGCCAAAAGCUUGCGGUUGGCCUAGGGAAUAUCCUGUACAUCUGGUCUGAGGGGUCAGGGCCUCGAGCUAUCCAUGGAUCUACUGCGUCUCAUGUAUGGCUUACAUCCGUUUCAUUUUCGUCAGUUCAAGGAGGAAAGUGUAUACUGGCUAUAGGGCGAUCGGACGGAACCUUGGUGCUCAAGUCCACUUAUGACGCCCUCCCUCGCUUCCAGGUGCAACAACCCUUCCCGGUGUCUUGCACCGAGGACUUGGUCAUUGGUGAUGAUACUGGCGUGAUAUACUACUACGUGGUAGAGUGGCCAAUGGGCUGGGAGGUUACGCGAGACACCUGGCCGGGGACCAUAUAUCUUAUUGCCAAAGUUUCACUUCACAGCCAGCAAAUAUGCGGCCUGUCUUGGUCGCCCAACGGGAGAUUCUUCGCCUCUGGUGGAAAUGAUAACUUGUGUUGUCUCUUUGAUACAGACAGCGUGCUUAUCGAGAAGCAAGAGUCUGUUCAAAACAGCGCACAAUGGUCAGGAUGGCACAUGGCCAACGGCUGCACCAAGGAAGGCUUGAUUGGCCAAACAAGAUGCCCCUUACCCUCAGGACGCCUGCUCAAGCAACAUCAUGCCAUUAACUAG